CAACAACAAUCCAUCCCUUUUUCUUUCUAUCAGUGUACGGGGAGUAAAUCACAUCUGCCUUUUUUGGGAUGCAUUAAGGCUUUUUUUUGUUUUGCAUUUUAUUUUUGUUAUGGAACUCAGACUCAUGCAGAAGGACAUUUAAUUUUGGAGGAUUUUGCACUUGACAAACUUUGGAUAGAGGGAGAGAGAUUGAGAGAGGGAGAGAGAGAGAGAGGGAUAAAGCACGCUGAGGAUGGCGCGCGCUAACUUUUGGCUGUGCCUGACGGUGCUCGUGGCGCUCGAGCUGUGCGGCAGCGACGAGCCCGAGUUGCUCUCGCGCGCAGCGGCGCCCUCUGAAGUGCCCGUGCGGGCCGUGAUGCCCUCCGCUGUUUCCCUGCUCGAGGUGAUGCACGAGGAGGAGGAAGUGCCGGUGGAGGAGGAGGAGGAGGAGGCGGAAGAGGAGGAGGAGGAGGCAGCCGGCGCGCGCCAGUGCUCCGCGUGCGCGUGGCGGGAGCAGAGCCGCGCGCUGCGUCUCGAGACCAUCAAAUCGCAGAUCCUGAGCAAGCUGCGGCUCAAGCACGCGCCCAACAUCAGCCGCGCCGUGGCCGAGCAGCUGCUUCCGCGCGCGCCGCCGCUGCAGCGCCUCCUCGACCAGCACGACUUCCAGGGAGACGCGGCGGGAACCGGAGCAGCGCGAGAGCUGGACGAGUUCACCGAGGCGGAUGAGUAUCACGCCACCACCGAGUCGGUGAUCGCAAUGGCCUCAGAGCCGGAGCCAAUAGUCCAGGUGGAUGGAAAACCAAGCUGCUGUUUCUUCAAGUUCAGUCCCAAGUUGAUGUUCACUAAAGUGCUGAAAGCCCAGCUCUGGGUUUACCUUCGGCCACUGCAACAAACUUCUACUGUUUACCUGCAGAUCCUGCGUCUUAAACCUGUAACUGAUCAGGGCAGCCGCCACAUCCGCAUCCGCUCCCUCAAAAUCGAGCUCAACUCACGGUCAGGCUACUGGCAGAGCAUUGACUUUAAACAUGUCCUGCAGAACUGGUUCAAGCAGCCACACACAAACUGGGGCAUUGAUAUAAAUGCCUUUGAUGAAAGUGGCAAUGAUCUGGCUGUGACCUCACUAAGGCCUGGAGAAGAAGGGCUGCAGCCGUUCCUGGAGGUGAAGGUUCUCGAGACGACAAAGCGUUCGCGUCGUAAUCUUGGCCUGGACUGCGACGAGCACUCAACCGAAUCUCGCUGCUGCCGCUACCCACUCACAGUGGACUUUGAGGCAUUUGGAUGGGAUUGGAUCAUUGCUCCUAAGCGCUACAAGGCCAACUACUGUUCAGGCCAGUGUGAGUACAUGUUCAUGCAGAAGUACCCACACACCCAUUUGGUGCAGCACGCUAAUCCUCGAGGUUCGGCCGGCCCUUGCUGUACACCCACCAAAAUGUCACCCAUAAAUAUGCUCUAUUUUAACGACAAGCAGCAGAUCAUCCACGGAAAGAUUCCUGGCAUGGUGGUGGAUCGCUGCGGCUGCUCUUAGACUCAAAAGGUGGCUCGUUUGGUCUGCUUGUGACUGUUCAUAUGUCUCCUGUUUUGCUUUCCUCUUACGUCCUGGAGGAUUGACACAAAGAUCAAGGAGGCUAGAUUUAGCUUGUUACCGUAGUCAGCUAAUAACAGAAUAAUUCAUGGUAAAAGUGGUAAAAACUGAAGCAGAAGGGCAAAGAUUCCUGUGAACAAUUUGGAAGUUUGAAGACCGGCUGGUGAGAGAAAAGCGAGACAUUUAUUUAUUCCUUUGCUGUGUUAGUUUUUUAUGUGUUUGUUGCUCCUGGUUUUGAUUUUACGUGUUUGAUUUUAACUGUUUAAUAGCUAAGAUAUUUUUAAAUUGGCUCCAAAGUGAUUAAGCCGGUUCUUAAGCCUGUUUUAUUCUGUCUUACUGAAAGGGCAAAAACCCAGUACUGCAUACUGCCCUCUGUAAAUACUGUGACAGUGAAGUCAGCGCUGUUCCUUGCUUUUAAUUUGCUGUCGCCUGCUAAAACCAAGAAUAUUCGCAACACAUCGAAAAGAAUCCGAUUAAAGCCACAGUUUAAGCAUGUACUCGUAUCAAGUUAUAAUUACAGAUAGCUGCCUGACCUUUAUAAAGGUUUAAAAAUGACAUGUUACUUAUUUAAAUGCUACUUAUGAAAAAAAAAUAUUUACAUUUACCUGCAAAU